AUGAAUUCUAGCUUGCAAGAUCUUGUCUCACAUAUUGGAUCACUAAAUAACUCCACCAAUCAACCUUCGAGCUCCAGUGGACUUCCUUCUCAACCCUUACCUAAUCCCAAAGAUGGCAUCAAUACCAUCACUCUGAGAUCCGAAACUACAUUACAGGAGAGGAACCAAGAAGAGCCAAGUCCACCAGAACACACCCCAGCUGAAGAUACAGUGGAAGUGGAAGAUGCUGAAGAGGAAGAGGACAUACAGGACAUAGAUGAAGAAGAGGAAACCCAACCACAGAGUGAAGCACCAAGGGAUGUUGAAACUGCAGAUAAUGCCCGUCCUAUCCCCUUUCCAUAA